AUGCCGAUCUCAGCUCCUUCCUCAGAGUUCAGGAUUGUUAAUGGAGGAGAAGAAACAGGACUUACUUUAUGCAGCAUAUGGCUGAAAACCAAGCUGAUGUGCAUUAGGGACCUUCAGUCAGAUGAGCUCUGGUCCUUCUCUUGCCUUGUAGGACUCCUCAGUGGACAGACCUCUCCGACCAACACCAAACUGGAAAAGCUGGACCCCCAGCAGGUGCUGCAGCUGUGUCUCCGGUACCAAGAUCAUCUUCACCAGUGUGCAGAAGCGGUUGCCUUUGAUCAGAAUGCGCUGGUGAAACGGAUCAAAGAGAUGGACCUGUCUGUGGAAACUCUUUAUAGCUUCAUGCAGGAGCGCCAGAAGAAGUAUGCCAAGUAUGCGGAGCAGAUCCAGAAGGUCAACGAGAUGUCUGCCAUCCUCCGCCGUAUACAGAUGGGCAUCGACCAGACGAUCCCGCUGAUGGAGCGGCUGAACAGCAUGCUGCCGGAGAGCGAGAGGCUGGAACCCUUCAGCAUGAAACCCGACCGGGAGCUAAAGUCGUAG